AUGGGUGACACCUCUCUUAGCCUGAAGUGCAUUAGGGGAUCUCAGAACCAAUUUUGUUCUGAUGUUUCUAAUUGCACUGAUGAUGGCUGCCGGUUGGUUCUUGGAUUGGGUCCAACAUCGGCUUCAUACUAUUUUAGCAACAAAGAUUCUUGUUCUGGAUUCACUGAUCAAGAAAACGUAUCAGGAGGUAAUUCGGUUCUGCAACUUGGUCCUCCUGCUGUAAGCAUAGACAGUUUCAGCGGACUUGAUUGUUCAUUUUCGACGUGUACAGAGAUCAAUAACAGCAGACAACAUGUGAUUCCUGUUGUUGAUGAGGGUUCUACUUCUGCAAAGAGAUCAGGUGGUUACAUGCCAUCACUUCUGAUAGAUCCACGGGCGGAAAAUGUCAGAAAUCCUUCAAAGAUGCAAGAACCUUAUCAUUUUGGAACCGGCGUUCAUUAUGAUCGUUCACAAGUGAGCCUAGUGUCAUCACCUUGCACAACUUUCUCUGUACAGCAGAGGACUUACAACCAGAAGAAGUGCAAAUUUAUGGGAUGUGUGAAGGGAGCUCGAGGAGCGUCAGGGCUCUGCAUCAGCCAUGGAGGAGGACAGAGAUGCCAAAAACCAGGCUGCAACAGAGGUGCAGAGAGUAAAACCACUUUUUGCAAAACACACGGUGGAGGGAAGAGAUGUGAACAUUUGGGAUGCACGAAGAGCGCUGAAGGAAAAACAGAUUUCUGCAUAUCUCACGGUGGUGGAAGACGUUGUGAGUUCCCUGAAGGAUGCGACAAAGCAGCCCGUGGCAAAUCGGGACUCUGCAUUAAACACGGUGGUGGCAAAAGAUGUAAUAUUGAAAGCUGUACACGAAGUGCUGAAGGACAAGCUGGUCUUUGUAUAUCCCAUGGUGGUGGAAAACGUUGUCAGUUUUCUUCAGGUUGUGAUAAAGGAGCUCAAGGAAGUACUAACUACUGCAAAGCUCAUGGAGGAGGAAAACGCUGUAUAUUUUCAGGAUGUAGCAAAGGAGCAGAAGGUAGUACUCCUCUGUGUAAAGCACACGGUGGUGGUAAACGCUGUCUCUCUGAUGGAGGCGGAAUUUGCUCUAAGAGCGUACACGGUGGGACUAACUUCUGUGUUAAACAUGGCGGUGGGAAAAGAUGUGUUGUUGCAGGGUGUACUAAGAGUGCGCGUGGUCGCACUGACUGUUGUGUUAAGCAUGGUGGUGGUAAACGUUGUGAGAUCACUGGAUGUGAGAAGAGUGCUCAAGGUAGUACUGAUUUCUGCAAAGCACACGGUGGUGGGAAAAGAUGUUCUUGGGGAGAUGGGAAAUGCGAGAAAUUCGCUAGAGGAAAGAGCGGUUUAUGCGCUAAGCAUAACAGUAUAAUGUCACGAGAGACACAAGAAGAUGGAAGCAAUAAUGGUUUGAUUGGACCAGGACUCUUCAGUGGCCUUGUUGUUGUCUCUGCUUCUGAUCAUUCUCAGUCUGGAGUUAGCGCGGUUUCUGAUUGCCGUACUGAUGCUGUUGAUUAUAUGCAGUCUGAGAAAAGACAGAAGAAGAUGAUGAUGCCGAUGCAGGUUCUUGUGCCUUCAUCAAUGAAAUCUACUCAUGAAGGAGAAACAAACAUCUUUAACUUCAAGAUUUCGGAGGAGAGAGUUCAUGGAGGAGCGCUAAUGUCUUUACUUGGUGGUAGCCUGAAACAAAACUCCAUUGAUGGAAUCUGA